UCUUUAUAUUCAGCAACAACAAAGAAACAUGACUGACCGUGGUAUGAAAAUCAUAUUAACGGGAAACAAUUUCGUUGGAAAAAGUUCUCUAGUGCGUCAAUAUGUAGAUAACGACUUUACUUAUAACUAUGAGCUUCACAGAAGAAGCUGGAACUGUAAUAAAAAGGAGAUGGUGUUAAAAGGUUGCAAAGUGGCAUUGCAGCUUUGGGCCACAGUUGGGGCAAGGGAAUUCCGAACUGAGGAACAAUAUAGAGAUGCAGAUGGCUGCAUUAUCGUUUUUUCAGUUACGAAUCGAAAAUCAUUCGAGGAUCUUAAUUUGUGGCGAAAUGAGUUCCUUUCGCUGGGAAAACCACAAAAUCCUGAACAAUUUCCGUUUGUCGUUGUAGGCACAAAAAUUGAGGUGGAAGCUGAUCGAGCGGCAAGUCUAUAUUAA